CAUCACUGCGGUUCACGACCCUGCUGUGCUCUUUAAUUUGCCUGCAUCUUCUGCCUGAUCGAGUCCCGUCUCUCGUCAAUUGCGAGUCGCAAAGUCCUGUUUUAGCACUUUGUGUUCCUUUCUCGCCGUUUUCCCCGCCACGAACCUCUUCCCGACAGGCUCUGCCUCGCCCUCACCCCGCCUUCACCACUUCGAAUCUCUCUCUCUCCUCCCAGCGAUCUCUUUCCCUUUCACGGGCACUCGAUCAACUUCCUCGCUCUCUCGAAGCGCAAGACCUAGAUUUCUCCAAACUUCACUAUUUCCAUCACUAGUCCUCCGACUCCGACAGAAGGAAUUAUGGCCGUCCGCGCGCAGUUCGAGAACUCCAACGAGGUCGGUGUUUUCUCCCGUCUCACCAACUCCUACGCUAUUGUUGCCAUUGGCGCUUCCGAGAACUUCUACAGUGUAUUCGAGGCCGAAUUGCAAGAUGUCAUUCCCAUCUGUCACGCCACCAUCGCCGGAACCCGCAUUGUUGGCCGUCUGACGGCAGGAAACCGCAACGGUCUCCUCGUCCCCACCACCACGACAGACCAAGAGCUUCAACAUCUCCGGAAUACGCUACCCGAUUCGGUGAAGAUUCAACGUAUAGAGGAACGUCUUUCGGCUCUGGGGAACGUCAUCUGCUGUAAUGACCAUGUCGCGCUGAUCCACCCGGAUCUUGAGCGGGAAACCGAAGAAAUCAUCGCCGAUGUCCUCGGCGUCGAAGUCUUCCGUCAAACCGUCGCCGACAACGUCCUGACUGGCUCCUACAUGGCCCUCUCCAACCAAGGUGGUAUCGUCCACCCCAAGACCUCCAUCCGUGACCAGGAUGAACUUUCCUCCCUCCUGCAAGUGCCCCUCGUCGCUGGUAGUGUCAACCGCGGUAGCCCCGUCGUCGGUGCCGGUAUGGUCGUGAACGACUGGCUCGCUGUCACGGGUCUGGACACGACAGCCACGGAAUUGAGUGUGAUUGAAAGUGUCUUCCGUCUGGGUGAGAUGGGUCCCCGUGGUGUUGGCAUGGGUAACGCCAACAAGGAGAGUAUCGUGGAGAGUUUCUACUAGAUUUAACGCCUUUUCCUUUCUUUUUUCCUCUCUUAACGUUUUCCUUUUUUUUUUUCUUUGCCUCUUUCGAACAUACAUGAAUAUCCUUAUUGUGCUAUGAAUGAAUGGAAUGGGUAGAAUAUCCGGGGGUGUAUAUGUGUGCGUGUGUGUGGACUGACUGGACACUAUUCUUCUCCUUAAAAAAUCUCCCUUUGUAUCAUCCUCGUAGAGUUGACGGAACUAAUCAAAAAUAUACAUGCAUGCAUGCAUAC